CCCCUUUCUCUCCCGCCUCCCCGCCCGCCCCACUUCUCAUUCACUUGGCUCGCACGGCGCAGACAGCGCAGCGAGCACACACCGCCAGUCUGUGCGCAGAGCGGGAGCCACAGGCCGCGGGGACACUGGGCCAUGCACGCCCCUCAUUGAAGCGACGCCUCAAAGCCCAGCUCCCGGUCGCCCAGCGCAUUUCAGGGGACCUCAGGUUUGUUCAGAGAAACAUCCGUGGAGUCCCCCCUCUUCCAGGACAGUCCUCACCCAGACUCUCCGCUAAGUGCACACAGGAGCGCGCCGUGGCCCCGGCUCGCCGCGCCAUGGAGCGGAUCCCCAGCGCGCAACCACCUCCUGCCUGCCUGCCCAAAGCGCCAGGACUAGAGCACGCAGACCUGUCAGGGAUGGAUUUUGCCCACAUGUACCAAGUGUAUAAGUCCAGACGGGGAAUCAAACGGAGCGAAGACAGCAAGGAGACCUACAAAUUGCCGCACCGGCUCAUCGAAAAAAAGAGACGUGACCGGAUUAACGAGUGCAUCGCCCAGCUGAAGGAUCUCCUACCCGAACAUCUCAAACUUACAACUUUGGGUCACUUGGAAAAAGCAGUGGUUCUAGAGCUUACCUUGAAGCAUGUGAAGGCACUGACAAACCUUAUCGACCAGCAGCAGCAGAAAAUCAUGGCCCUGCAGAGCGGUUUGCAAGCAGGUGAGCUAUCGGGAAGAAAUAUUGAAGCUGGUCAAGAGAUGUUCUGCUCAGGUUUCCAGACUUGUGCCCGGGAGGUGCUUCAGUACCUGGCCAAGCAUGAAAACACUCGGGACCUGAAGACCUCACAGCUUGUCACACACCUCCACCGUGUGGUCUCAGAGCUGCUGCAGGGUGGCACUUCCAGGAAAUCAUCGGACUCCAUUCCCAAAGGGAUGGACUUCAAAGAAAAGCCCAGCUCCCUAGCCAAAGGCUCAGAAGCCCCUGGGAAAAACUGUGUGCCAGUCAUCCAGCGGACUUUUGCUCCCUCAAGUGGGGAGCAGAGCGGCAGUGACACGGACACAGACAGCGGCUAUGGAGGAGAGUCCGAGAAGGGUGACUUGCGCAGUGAGCAGCCUUACUUUAAAAGUGAUCAUGGACGCAGGUUCACCAUGGGAGAACGUGUCAGCACAAUCAAGCAAGAGUCCGAAGAACCCCCCACCAAAAAGAGCCGAAUGCAGCUCUCGGAUGAUGAAGGCCAUUUCACUGGCAAUGAUCUGAUCAGCUCCCCGUUUCUGGGCCCACACCCUCAUCAGCCUCCCUUUUGCCUGCCCUUCUAUCUCAUCCCACCAUCAGCGACUGCCUACCUGCCCAUGCUGGAGAAAUGUUGGUAUCCCACCUCAGUGCCGGUGUUAUACCCUGGCCUCAACGCCUCUGCUGCAGCCCUCUCCAGCUUCAUGAACCCAGACAAGAUCCCAACUCCCUUGCUCCUGCCCCAGAGACUCCCUUCUCCCUUGGCACAUCCAUCCCUCGACUCUUCCACUUUGCUCCAGGCUCUGAAGCAGAUCCCUCCUUUAAACUUAGAAACCAAAGACUAAACUCUUAGGGGGAAUCUCCUGCUGCUUCGCUUUCCUUCCUCCCUACUUCCAAAAACACACACAAGCAAAUGUUUCUGUGAAUGCAGUCCAUGGUGCGGACUGAGAUGAUACAAGACUCGGAGAGCAUUCAGGAUGUGCGUGUGAACAAGUGUGCUUGUGAGUGUGUGUGCAUGUGUCUAUAGGACAUUAAAGCUCCUGGCACAGGAUGACUUGACAUCAGGAGACGGAGAGGGGUACUGUAGCAGACUUCGGGGCUUUUCCCUACCUGGAGAAGAGUCCCUUUUGAUACCAAUCAGUUGGAUUUUCAUAAGCUUCAAAGGCUUGAUCUGUGAGUCACUCUGCAGUUUGGGAGCUAGGUCUGUCUGUGGCUUUGAGAAAAAGGUACUUUCAAAAGAGGACUUCCCAGAGCACAGCUCCCAGCCAGCUGUUAGGACCCCACCCUUCUCCCUUUUAUUGUAGAGGUGACUCACACCAGCUAAGGAGGACUGAAUGGUCAGACUGAGCUUUUCUGCUCAAGUGGUGAGGUAGCUGACACUGGCAUGUCACGGUUGUGGUUGGGCAGAUUUCCGCAGGUCUGCUCCCCACCCCUGCCUGGGAUGAAUAAAGACAAUGUAGUUCCCUAACUCAGGCUUUCUUGGUGACUAGCUUACUAAGGAACUGAAAAUAGCCCCUUUGUACAAGCUGAGCUGCCCAGAACUGUGGUGGACUUCCCAGGCCUCUGGCACCUGCUUCUAAGUUUCACUUUUUUGACAUGCUG